AUGGUCUGGGAUAAGGAAAAGUGGACUCUUGAAGACCAACCACAAUUCGAAGGCCAGGGUGUACGUUGUGCCUCGCGGCUCGAGGCCUGCAUUCCCCGGCCGACAAUCCUCAAGCACAAGUGGAUUUUCCCAGCCCAUCACCCAAGCGAGGUCUGGAAGGGAAUGAAGAACGCCGCACAAGGUGUCAGCAAAAGUGCUCAAAUGAGAACACAUAGGUUGGCUUUCGAAGCAUAUUGGAAGUGUCCGUGA